AGGAGGAGGGCACGGCCAGGAGGAGAGACGCUCCAAUGAAAAAAAAGUUUACUUGUUCUCUCCCUGCACGAUUCCACAGCCCAGGGCAUUGAUGUGAGCAGACAGGCUUUUUUACGCGCACUUCUUCCCCCCUCUUUCACCCUUCACACACAGUGCACAUUAUCCACUUUCUCACCUUUAGUUUAGUGGCUUUUUUCCCCCCUUUACCUUCUUUUAUGAAUGAUUCUCUCUCGCCAUACAUCCUCGGAUACCAAAUCCUCGUCCGCGGCGGCACGACCUCACCUCGGCACAUCUUUCCUCAAGUUCAAGCGACACCAAGAUUUUCUCUGCAGCUACAAACGCACUUGGGGGAAAUACCACCCGGCGAGGAGAAACUUGGCUUUUUGCUCCACUGCGGCUGCAGCGACCGUCAACAUGAGUCUCAAGUCUGACGCCGAGCCGAACAACAACGUCUCCAUCGAAGAGGAGGUGCGAACGCUGUUUGUCAGUGGCCUGCCUGUCGAUAUCAAACCACGGGAACUGUACCUCCUCUUCAGACCUUUCAAGGGUUAUGAAGGGUCACUGAUUAAGUUAACAUCAAAACAGCCUGUUGGGUUUGUAACCUUUGACAGUCGGUCUGGAGCCGAAGCUGCGAAAAAUGCAUUAAAUGGUAUCCGUUUUGACCCCGAAAGUCCCCAGACCCUGCGCUUAGAGUUUGCUAAAGCCAACACGAAGAUGGCAAAGAGUAAGCUGAUGGCCACACCGAACCCCACAAAUAUCCACCCUGCUCUAGGAGCACACUUCAUUGCACGGGACCCAUAUGACCUGACAGGGGCAGCACUGAUCCCAGCGUCGCCUGAUGCCUGGACCCCCUACCCCCUGUACACCACGGAGCUGACCCCGGGCCUCCCUCACGCCGCCUUCACCUACCCAGCGGCCGCUGCCGCUGCCGCAGCCCUCCACGCCCAGGUGAGGGACCAACCGAUGCGCUGGUAUCCUACUCCCUCUGAGACUUCCCAGCCUGGAUGGAAGUCCCGGCAGUUUUGUUAGAUAUUUAGCCUCUGGAAACCACACCUUUGUCCACCUGAAGUGAGGUUUGCCAAGCUCUUCAUUAAUUUAAUCAGGUUUAUUUAAUGGACAAAUGUGCAUUAUAAACAUACAGUAUUUAUGUCCCCCCCUCCCCAGUUGUCUAGGGGGUGGGGGGUCCGAGUUGAAACCAUCUUGCUGUCGACAGUCUGAGCUUAUGAUUCCUCUUUGGCAACUAUUGCGGUACCAUCUUAGCACUUCAUAAAAAAAAAACCUCAUGCAAGCCUAGUCGACUCCAUGGAUCAUAAUUGCUGAGGAAAUUUGACAUGUUGGAGUUACCGUUGUUAAGCUAGUCCUUCCAUGGGUUUAUAUCGCGGCUCUGGGGAGGUUUAGAAGAGUUAAGAGUCAUUGCAUGUUAAAGUCUUUUUGGCAUGAAUUUAGAACGCAGAAUUCUGUGUAUCCUAAUUUUCUUAGUGUUUGUGUUGCCUCUUUACCUUGGCCUAGACGAGAAAUGUUUUGUUUUUUCCUGUAGAACCCAGCUCUUACCUCUGUGAAAGCUAGGCUGUUGUGUAAAUGGCUUAUCUUGCAUGGACCUUGUGAAUGCAUCCCUACGUUCAAUGACAAUCCCGUCCUUACCCGAUCAUAUCAAUGUCUGUUUAUUAUUUGAGCAAAAGAAAGUACAAAUGUGUUUGUACUUUUUUUGCGUAAUGUAUAUUUAUGCAUUUUUGUGCAACUAAAAUAAUGAACCUGUAUAAGUUGGAUGUUUAGUCGUCUCUUGUGUUUUUGGUGUUAAUUUUUGAUCCUAUAAUCCUGUUGAAGUAGGUUUAAAAAAAAAAGUGCAAUUGUAUUUGUUUAAAGGGGAAAUGGGGGUGGGGUGGGGGUCUGUCAAAAAAAUGGAAGUAUUCUGAGAGUGGCUUAAUGCCACUCUGACUGCUAAAAUGAGAUUGCUGUACAACGCUGAUCUUUCAGAAUGUGAAACUGGACUACAAACGUAAAGGGGUUUUGUUUUUUCCGAGGAGGCGGUGGGGGGGGGGGCGAUUUUGAAAGGGGAAGCAGGAUUAGAGUGACGGAGGAAUUUAAGUUUGUGGUUUAGAACAUGUUUGUCUUUGUAUCUGCUGUGCAUAAGAUGUACAAAUAUUCCCAUCUUAUGAAUAAAACAAGCAAGUGAAUGCA